AUGGAAAUAUAUUGGAUUCUGGUGCUUUUCUGCCUGCUCGUAGAUGCAGACAUUACUCUAUCGACGGAAAAUAGCUCCGAGAGGAGGGAAAUUCAGGCAAGUGAACAGAUGGAGGAUCUCAAGGAACAGGCGGAUGCCAAGCAGAUUAGCUCAGAUCAACAGCUCAAGGACAAGGAUACUGAAUUGCUGCUGAAAAUGGUGAAGGAAAUGAAGGAGCAGAUCUCAAAAAUGGAAAUGCAGAUUCAAGCCAGAGAGACUCAAAUGCAAUCACAUGAUAAGUCAAUCAGAGAACUGGUAGAUCAAGUGAAUUUUCUUAAACGAACAUGGACAGGCAGCUGUCUGCCAUUCACCAACUCCACUGACAUCUACACCAUAAAGUUGCCCGGAAUGGGCUCAGUCGAUGUACCCUGCAAUUCCAGUGUGUCCGGAUCUGGCUGGACUGUAAUCCAGAGACGAGUCCGCGGGAAUGUGAACUUUAAUCGCACUUGGAGCGAAUACAAACAUGGGUUCGGAGACCUCCGGGAGAACUUAUUCCUGGGACUGGAAAAAAUCCAUCUAAUGACCCUGCUCCAGCCUCACGAGCUGUACAUCCAGCUCCAGCAUGCUAAUGGAAGCACCAGCUAUGCUCGUUACGACGAUUUCAAAAUAGGCAGCGAGGCGGAAGCCUAUAAACUGAAAUCGUUGGGAAAAUAUUCAGGAACAGCCGAAGAUUCACUGGCCUUUCACGAGGAUAUGAAAUUCUCCACUUUCGACAGGGAUAAUCUUGAUUGCGCGAAAUAUUUUGGAGGUGGUUGGUGGUUUGAUACUUGCGCAGAAAGUAAUCUCAAUGGAAUCUAUUAUCCAAAUGGUACGAGUAGCAAGCGUGACGGCAUCUUUUGGGGUGCUUGGCAAAAAGACAACUACACGAUCUCGCUUACAUUUACGCAAAUGAUGAUAAGACCAAAGGUCAUGUAACAUUGUGUGUUCUUUAAAGAUAAUUUAGUGGGUAGUCAAGGCUGAAAGACCAUUCAAACUAGCCAAAUUCACAGAUGCAAAUAUAUCGCAUAAAUACAAAAGUAUCUCAGAACUA